CUGGGAAGCCCCAAGCGCGGAGCUGCCAACGCCCGGCGUAAAGACACAGAGGAUACGAUCUUGAAUGAGUAGUGAAGACUGUAAAACACAGCUAUGCAGACCAUCAAGUGUGUUGUAGUUGGGGACGGUGCUGUGGGUAAAACCUGCCUGCUCAUCUCUUACACCACAAACAAGUUUCCCUCUGAAUAUGUACCUACGGUGUUUGAUAACUAUGCUGUAACUGUAAUGAUUGGAGGCGAGCCCUACACUCUGGGCUUGUUUGAUACAGCAGGUCAGGAAGACUACGACAGGUUAAGACCUCUGAGUUAUCCCCAAACAGAUGUCUUCCUCGUCUGUUUUUCUGUUGUGUCCCCCUCCUCCUUUGAAAAUGUCAAAGAAAAGUGGGUUCCAGAGAUCACCCACCACUGUCCAAAGACCCCCUUCCUGCUAGUUGGGACUCAGAUUGACUUGCGGGAUGACCCAUCCACUAUAGAGAAGCUGGCCAAGAACAAGCAAAAGCCCAUCACUCCGGAGACAGCCGAGAAGUUGGCGAGAGACCUUAAGGCUGUGAAAUACGUGGAGUGCUCAGCCCUCACGCAGAAAGGCCUCAAGAAUGUGUUUGAUGAGGCGAUAUUGGCUGCAUUGGAGCCCCCAGAGCCCAAGAGGAAACGCAAAUGUGUGCUGCUAUGAGAGGCUCCUACCAUUUCAAAGCACACAAACAUAACACUUACAUAUUUACACCUAAAUACAUACACACGCAUACACCCACACACACACACACACACCCGCACACACGCCCCCACGCCCCCCAUCCCCACCCCUUCCCUUGCUCUGCUAAGGCUGGUUGACAGCAUUGUCCUCCACAGGGAAGACUAGAAAGAAAACAGCCUACCAAGUUUCAGAUAAUUGUCUGCAAUAAUAAGAAGCUUCACCCCUAAAUCUGGGACAUAAGGUCAACGUAGCCUGGCCAACAGGCUGCUGUGGGCUCCGGGCAGGGUGGCACGGCCUCGGACAGGCAUCGGGAUGCCAAGCUUACAUACAAGUAGAAUUCAUUCUGUGGAGCUUUUGAUAGAUUGAUUUUGAGUCAGUCGGUGUUGUGGCUUAAUCAACUUUUAGAUGCCCAGCCAUUUAGUUGUCCUCAGCAAAUGUAAAGGAUUCCUGGAUAUAAGCCCUGCCCCAGCCCCCGCCAGCUGCCUGACGUGUGGCUGCUCAUGCUGCUGGUCCCAUCCCUCUGUUGACGAGCACACUCAUCGCCCGUUUCCUAUGUUCUUUACGGCACUACCAGAGGAAAUGCUAACAGAGUAGUGUUCUUUUGUUUUUGUUUGCCAACACCCCUUUUCUCUUCAAACACAUGACAAGUCUGAGAUAUUUAUUCCAUGUUCCAGGUAGACGCGCUCUUAACCACUAAGGAAACUGUGUACGUCUGACAGGACUCUGUAAUUCGGGGCAAUGCGGCUAAAACUUCCCACAGCUCUGUCAUCGAGGAAAUUGAAUGGAUGAUAUUGCCAUCUCGUAUCCAGUCCUCUUAGAGUGGACUUUCACAGUGCAGAGUGGCAGUCCAUUUGGGGGGUGGUAAUCACUUGAAGAGCUAAAGGCAGUCAAUAGUAAUGGGUCUACUAGUCGACCACAGAAAUUUGCCUUUUAGAUGCAGGGAACUUAAACAGUGUUAGCAGAACAAGUGGUGUGUUCUUUAUGCGUUGCCAGGGACCAAGGGAGGGUAAAGCGGGAUACUGUUUUAACAUUGUCAUCACCUUACACUUAGAGCGGGUACAGCAGACACAUCCGUCUAAAACAAACGUUCCUUGGCCUGUACUGGCAGCCACAUUUGGAGAUCCAUAUUUAGUCAACUGAUCAGUGAACAUGAAUUUCCACCAGAAUUCUGUGCCAGGUCAGAAUUUGGUGCCUUCCUAUAGUGUGUUUUAUCCAGGCUGUAUGUCUGAGGUGUGAAGGGCUGUCCGUUCUGUUGUACCCAUUCAAACGGUAUGGUGCUGCGUGUAGCUGAGCCUUGGUCUCUGUUCUAAAUGAUAGGUUUAACAGAUGUAAUUAUAAUGUAAGCUGGCUCACAAUGUUGAUGUAGGCUCCAGGUGUUUUUACCAAAAUCUUUUUUUUCUUCAUUAUUUCUGUUUGUGUUUUUUUUUUUUUUAUCUUAUAUAUAUAAAUAUAUAAAAAAAGGUUACUUUCACUCCUUUUACAUUUAGGGGUCGGAACUCAUCUGAACUCUUACCUGCCAGUUUAUAGCAAGAAAACCGCUAAUUGGUUUAGUUGAAUAAAAACCUGUAAUGGCAGAGAGACUGUUUGGUAAGAUUAUUUGUGAUUGGUUGGUUGUUUUACUUAACUGGUGGCUUAGAGUUGGGUUGAUAUCCAGAUCAAGUCAGUAUAAUUAUUAUAACCUGUUGUUGUUUUGGUGCAAAACCAAAAGCUUUGUCUAAAGUCUUUGUUCUUUGUAUAUGCAUUCUUUUCAAAAAUAUUAAACUUAUACCUUAAUUGCC